GCGGCCGUAAAGGCCGAUCACGGGACUUGGCUUCGGCACGCUGAGAAAGUGAGGGCCGCCAGGUAGCAGCGUCCUUGGCCCGUCGUUUUCGAGCGAAGCCCCUGCAGGUUCGUUCUCAAGCUCGAAAGAGGUCGCUCUCGGCUUCCUCUUCCAAGGAUUUCCCGUUGGCGCCGGUCGCAGUGUAGCGGGACUACGUCGCACACCGCUCAUCGGCUUCACCCCGCGGCGGUCCGAACCGGAGAGGUGGAGGCGAAGCCACGUACAACAGUCGGGCAUUUCCAACGGGACGCAGCGCGCGCAGGCAACUGCGAACUCCGAGCUGCACCGGCUGCUGUGGACUGUCGUCAUGCUUGGCGUGUUCUGGCGGUGCCUCGUCACGGGCCUCGUCGCCGGAGUCGGUGCCCUCAUACUGCAGUACCUGUGGGACAUACUGAAGAGAUGCUUGAGACGAGAUCUCCCGCCGGGCCCAUUUGGGGUGCCGCUACUCGGCUACCUUCCAUUCAUGCCGAAGGAUGGCCACCAUGGCAUUGAGGCGCUCAGGCAGAAGUAUGGCAACGUAUUCGGUGUUCACCUAGGUUGCCGGUACGUGGUGUUCCUGUGCGACUUCGGCUCAAUCAAGGAAGCCUUAUCGCAAGACUCCCUCCUCAACCGACCCGAAGAGUUUCCCUUCAAAGUCAACGAGCACUCGCAAGGACUGAUUGUGUUGAAUGGACCCCUAUGGAAGGAGCAGCGCCGGUUUUCGUUGAAGCUCUUCAAGAACCUCGGCAUCGCAACGCAAGCCAUGGAGAAACACAUACACGAGGAGCUGUCGUACCUCCUCCGCGAGCUGGAGUCAGUCAAAAGCGGCCGCAUCGUGCCCACGUCCGUGCUGACGCCCAGCACGUCCAACAUCAUCUCGGCUCUAGUGUUCGGCCGCCGGUUCGAGUACGACGAUCCCGAGCGCGUCUACCUGGACAAGCUGAUCGAGGUGAUCCCAGCGCUGGCAGCGCAGGUUUCGGCCAUCAACUUCUUUCCCUGGCUUCGCAAGCUGUUCGUCUUCUUCCGUAUGGGCGCCUGCGAGCAGCUAAGGGACGCGCUUGUCCGCAGGGAAGAUUUUGCCGACUCCAAGAUCGACUUCCACCAGGACACAUAUCAGGACGGCUUGGUACGGGACUACAUCGACGGCUUUCUCAGCGAAAUGAAGCAGCAGGAUGAAAGAAGCAAGACGUUCACGCGCAACCUGCUCAAGGGCAACGUGGCGUCCUUCUUCGGUGCCGGCAGCGAGACGGUGCGCGCCGCCAUCGAGUGGCUGCUGCUCAUCAGCGCCAUGAAACCGGAGCUGCAGCGCCGCAUUCACGCCGAGAUCGACGCCGUGCUCGCGAGCGGCGAAAAUUCGCACAUCUCCUGGAGCGACCGCUGCCGGAUGCCGUACACGCAGGCCUUCAUGUGGGAGACGAUGCGCUGCAAGCCCGUCAACCCCCUCAGCCUUAUGCGAUAUGCCUCCACAGACGUGAAGGUUGGCAAGUACGUCAUCCCUCGUGGCAGCGUCGUCAUCGGAUCGCUCUGGUCCCUCUUCUACGACCCCGCCUACUGGGGCGACCCGGAAGCAUUUCGACCAGAGCGCUUCCUCGCCGACGACGGCACACGGCCGCAGAAACCGGAGCGAUUCAUCCCGUUCUCCUACGGCAAGCGGGCGUGCCCAGGAGAAGUGAUCGCCAACAUGGAGACGUUUCUCUACUUCACCACCAUCCUCCAGCAUUUCACUGUUGAGGCGCCACCAGAUGGCCCAAAACUUGUGCUCGAUGAAGUACUCGGCAUCUCACUGCGACCAAAGCCCCAAGAACUCCUCUUCCGACCACGAGAACUGCGAGUCUGAGCGGACAUUUACUCGCAAAAAACGACCUUCAGUUGCCGACCUUUGCUCUUUUUUUGUUCCUGCCGUUCCCGACACCAAAUGUUCGUAGCACAUGGUGUUUAGUGACAACGCGUGUCUAUAGAACAGCGACUGGUGAAAGGGAAUGAACUUGUCAACAUUAACACCCCUUCACCCUUCCCCCUGUACAGGGUAGCCAACCGGAACUGCCUCUGGUUAACCUCCCUGCUUUUCUGUGCAUCCUUCUCUCUCUCUCUCUCUCUCUCUCUCAACCUUAACACCUUAUUCGUAACAUGUUAUUUGUUUUUCGAUUAUCAUCCCUUGCAGUCUAAACCGUUAUAUUUCGCCCUUAGCUUAUUUGCCUCUCACACAUAGACCCCUAUACUAUAAAUGGUUUUUGUGACCGUACACUUCUGUCUAUUCUCGCUUCUCGCAUUUGCGCUUUUUGUUGCCACCGUAAGAGCUACGUGUGGUGACGAACGCGAGGUCACUCGGCUUCGCAUUUCGGCCAUUUCCUGGCGCAGGUAAAGCACGAAGGCGUUCUGACAACAGGAUAGAUUAUCGGGUACCCCCCCCCCCCGCCCACACACACACAGGGGGAGUAGUUCUGUUAAACUGCCCUGCCAUUUCGUCUCCCCCUACUGUGGCAGCUGGCUGCAAGUCUCUUUUCUGCUGAUUUUGUUCAUUACACUACUGUCCCCAACCUGAGUGCCCACAAUAUACAUUUAGUUUUAUGCCAACAGCAAAGAAACCCGUGUCUGCAAAACUUGGUAUUCGAAAAUAGUAUAUCAUAGUGCAUAACCUCUGUGCAAAAUACGAGGGCCAGGAACACGCACACAAAAAAAGAAAGUAAGUGGGGGUGGGGGAUCCUAAUGAUUCUGCUAUAAGGCUCAGCACAGAGUGUACAUGGUACGCUUCCAAGGAUUCCAGACAUAAUUUCAGGGUAUGCAUUCAAGUCUGCUGGCUCUAGCGUUGGUAGCAAAGUGAACUAUGCUUACGAGAGUUAACUUUCUCUUUUUUCUUCAACCCCUGGCGUCAAACAUGAUGUUCAGAAUUAUAUUCAUUCAAACAUUCGAUCUUCCCUCUUUUACUCGCUCCAGACUCUUUCAACUUCCAAUUAAAGCCUAUCAACUCAUAUUUCAUGUUACCAGACGUCGCACACUCAAAUGGAUCACAUUUUGUUCCUGCACUGCUAAAAAAAAAUAAUGAAAUAUCGUUUCACAAUAGUUAUAUCAUGUGUGACCUGUAACUUGUUAUCCGCACAGGUGUGGUACACUAUUGUAUGUGUUGAAUAUGACAGAUAGUUUAGCCUUGAAUUGUGCAACAUUGCCGAGAACGCAUCCGACUAACAAGUUUUAGAAUGUACAGCACCAUUUAACGCUCCUAAGUCAGUUGUGGGCCAAAUAUCUGUUCUAGUAGACAACGUCACUUGCUACGCCCGAGAUCACGCUUUUGUUCGCUGUGUUUCCGACGUGCAUUUGGCGUAUUUUUUGUCUUCAACGUGAAAGCGCGCAACCGUUGCACAUCCUGUCACAUACGAGCUGUUCACGGUUUGUUUCUUUGCUUCAGACGGGAAGUCACUUUUUCUCCUUCGCUUAAAUGAAUGCCUCGAGGGGCACAAGUCCUAGUACCACCGUCUUGCAUAUGCUAGCAAUAUGGCGGUAUACAAUAAACUGUUUAUCAAUGA